AUGCUUCAAGACGACUUUAAGGAGGAAUGCAUUUCGGGAUCUCAGUGUGGAAGGUGGCACAAGGCCUCCAAGGAGGGUCGGGAGAUGGUCACCGACGAGCCUUGUUCUGGACGCCCAACAACAGCCCGACCCGAUGAAAACGACCAGCAUGUGCGUGAAGUUUUGAAGUCAGACAGUCGGUUAAGCAUUCAGGUAAUCGCUAACACCCUAAACUUGUCAAAAUGUCGGGUACAUGGGAUUAUGACGGAGGAUUUGCAAAUGCGAAAGGUCUGUGCGAAGCUUGUGCUGAAGAUGUUGACGGAGGAGCAAAAAGAAGUUCGAGUUUUGAGCAGUGAAGAAUUGAUGGAAUUGAUGAGUUGCUGCCCCAGCCUCCCUAUCGCCCUGACUUGGUGCCUUGUGACUUUUUCUUGCUCCCCCGACUGA